AUGCCAAGUAAGAAAUUCAGAGAAGGGCCUGAUCCUAGAGAAUUCGAUCUUUCUUUGGCGGAGAACUUUGACAUUACCGAAAAUGCAUAUCUCAGAAGAGUUGUCAUCGUUUCGCGUGAUGGCUGA